GGGCGUUGUUUCCUGUCGGCAGAGGAUCCAGGUUGCGCGCGGGAAGCUAGUGCUUUGAGAUGGCGGUCGACACACGGACCGUGUAGCUUCAGGUUUGCAGCGUGUUGGAAAACUUUCUGCCUCAUAAUCUCAGCGCCAUGGAGGGGGGCAAGCCGAGCCUGUCCCUGGUCUACCAGGCGGUCCAGGCCCUGUACCACGACCCGGACCCGUCCGGGAAGGAGCGCGCCUCGGUGUGGCUCGGAGAGCUCCAGAGAUCGGUAAGACCUGGGAGCCCGGGGUUACCGGGGGCCCCGGGGGCUGGCGGGGGACCCCCGGGGGUCGAGGGGGUCUACACCGGCCUGUCCGCACAAGCUUUUAACAUUUUACCAGAUAAAUACAGAACGGGCAAACUGCGCAUGCGCAGAGACAGCGCAGUUUCUCCAGUGAAUAAAGUCUUCUGUGUUGAUUUGUGUCCUCAGCUGGCUUUAGCCAUCGCAGAUCUCGCUCUCCAGAUGGCCUCGUGGAAAGGAUGUGUUCACACGCUCAUAGAAAAGAUGAGCAGCAGCUCCAGCGUGCGCAGGUCUCCCAUCCCCUGGCCUGGACUCCGGACCGUCGUCUCCAGAAACGUCUCGCAGAGUUCGGUGAAGAUGCGGCAAGAGCGACUAUGGACUUCCUCUGGCAGCACGGUGAGGAUCUCUAUGAGGAAGGGCAUGGAGCUGAUGUCGUUGUUGUACCUGAGAAGGGCGGAGACACAGGACAGGUUAAGCUCCGGAGACACAAGACAGCUGCUGUCUGAAGAAUCUACCAACGGUAAAUCAGCUGAUCCCACCGUGUGGCUGGACAGACUGGCCGUUAUCUUCAGACGUUUUCUGUUUUCAUAGUUAUAUUCUACGUUGAAAGAAGGCAACCCUUCCUGGGAAGUGACGGAAGCUGUUCUUUUCAUCAUGGCUGCAAUUGCUAAAAGUGUUGAUCCAGAGAACAACCCAACCCUGUCGGAGGUCUUGCAGCAGGUGGUUUUGCUUCCAGAAACCAUCCACAUGGCAGUCCGCUUCACGAGUAUCGAGCUGGUCGGAGAGAUGAGCGAAGUCGUGGACCGAAAUCCCAGAUUUCUCGACCCCGUGCUGAACUACCUGAUGAAAGGUCUCCGAGAGAAACCUCUGGCAUCUGCAGCAGCCAAGGCGAUCCACAACAUCUGCUCGGUGUGCAGAGACCACAUGGCUCAGCACUUCCAGGGCCUGCUGGACAUCGCCCGCGCCCUGGACUCCUUCGCCCUGUCCACCGAGGCCGCCGUGGGGCUGCUCAAAGGUACAGCUCUGGUUCUGGCUCGGCUUCCUCUGGAGAAGAUCGCAGAGUGUCUCAGUGAUCUCUGUGCAGUCCAGGUCAUGGCUCUGAAGAAGGUCAGUCUGAGUAUUUCUGAGCCUAUGUGGUGUUGCCUGCUGCAGAUCUGGCCUGUUCUGUCCGAGACCCUGAACACCCACCAGGCUGAUAACCGGAUCGUGGAGCGCUGCUGUCGCUGUCUCCGCUUCGCCGUGCGAUGUGUGGGAAAAGGCUCCGCCUCCCUGCUGCAGCCGCUCGUCACGCAGAUGGUGAGUGUGUACCAGGUGUACCCCCACUCGUGCUUCCUGUACCUGGGCAGCAUUCUGGUGGACGAGUACGGCAUGGAGGACGGCUGCAGGCAGGGACUGCUCGACAUGCUGCAGGCUCUGUGCAUGCCGACCUUCCAGCUGUUGGAACAGCAGAACGGUCUGAGGAACCACCCCGACACCGUGGAUGACCUGUUCAGACUGGCCACCAGGUUCGUCCAGAGGAGUCCUGUUACUCUGCUCAGCAGCAGCAUCAUUGUCCACAUCAUCCAAUGUGCCAUCGCUGCUACGUCUCUGGACCACCGAGACGCAAACUGCAGCGUAAUGAAGUUUGUCCGAGACCUGAUCCACACGGGGGUCGCCAACGACCACGAGGAGGACUUUGAGCUGAGGAAGCAGCUGAUUGGCCAGGCCAUGGAGCAGCACGCCCAGCAGCUGGUGACUCAGCUGAUGCACUCGUGUUGUUUCUGUCUGCCGCCGUACACGCUGCCGGACGUCGCCGAGGUGCUGUGGGAGGUCAUGCUGUUCAACAGGCCGACGUUCUGCCGCUGGUUAGAGAACGCUCUGAAAGGGUUACCCAAGGAGACGUCUGGAGGAGCCGUGACCGUCACUCACAAGCAGCUGACAGACUUCCACAAGCAGGUCACCAGUGCUGAGGAGUGUAAACAGGUGUGUUGGGCCAUCAGAGAGUUCACCAGACUGUUCCGAUAGCUGAGAGCUUCACACAACACCAGGUUAAAUCUUUUGUUGACCAACAUUCAGAGGUGACGGCAAAAAGCUGCGACUGCAGACGAGGAUCCAAAGGGACGAGGAGGAGGAGGACGAGGACGAGGAGGAGGAGGGACUUUGAAUGUGAAACGGGACGAAUCACUCUGCAGAACUGACGAGCGAGCUGAUUGGACAGACUGAGUCCUCCACCUGCAGCAGGUGUGGGGGGGGGGGGGCGGGUCCAGCGGGGGGCGGGGUCAGGACGAGUUCACCCAGUGAACCAAUCAGAGGAUGUGCCUGGCCAACAGUUUUUAAGAGAAGAUUUAUUUUUGGGACUUUGGUCGUGAUGUUUUCUGUCCGUGCCAUACAAAGAGCCAAAAGAUUUCCCAUGAUGCACUGGGCUGAGCGGCUGCCUGUGGAGGCUCGAUGCUUGAGGAUUUGGCGUCACCUUUGACCUUUUUAACUUUGGUUGACUUUUAGUUGUUUUUCCACAAAGUGAGACAGAGUGAACUCUGGGUAAUGAGACAGAGAGACUGACACCAUGACAUCAUCGGUGAUGUAGCCUUGUUGUAAACAAUAAAAACAACUGAA